AUGUUAGAAGGUCUGGUAUCAAACCUGCUCAAUAGGUUCCUGGGCAUGUAUGUUAAGAACUUCGACCCAAAACAGCUCAAUGUAGGAAUCUGGUCUGGUGAUGUCAAACUUCGCAACUUGCAGCUUCGUCGAGAGGCUCUUGAUCAGUUACACCUACCCAUCAACGUUGUUGAAGGCCGUCUAGGUGAACUCACCCUGUCUAUCCCUUGGUCUAAUCUUCGUGGUAAACCGGUGCGUGUCAAUAUCGAAGAUGUCUUUCUUUUGGCGGCUCCGAAAAUGGAUGACAACUACGAUCCUGACGAGGAGGAGAAGAGGGCUGUCGCCGUAAAACUAGAGAAGCUCGAAAGUGCCGAAUUGCUCAAGGAGCGAAAUAGUGAAGGCUUGAGCCAAGAAGAGCAGAAGAAGCAACAGAGCUUUACCUCCAGUCUCGUCACCGCAAUCGUUGACAACUUGCAGGUCAGCGUAAAGAACAUCCACGUACGGUAUGAGGAUGCAGUCGCUACCGAAGGUCAUCCUUUUGCUGUAGGCUUGACUCUAAAAGAAGUAAGCGCUGUCAGUACCGAUGAGAAUUGGCAGCCCACCUUCAUUCAAUCAACUGCAAACACUACUCACAAGCUUGCAGUUCUUGACUCACUCGCUCUGUACUGGAACAGUGAUGCCGAACUCCUUAGUAGUGGUAAAGGAGACGAACCUGGCAGUACACAAGUUGAUGCGGAGGAGAUGAUCAAACGUUUCAAGGACGGCAUUAACAACCCAAAUAAUCCACAAUAUCUCCUCAAGCCCAUCAGUGGACGAGCUGGCCUGGAGAUGGACAAGACUGGCAAGGCUGAUAAAGCAAACAUAAAAGCAAGACUGCUCUUUCAGGAGUUGGGCUUCAUUAUCGACGAGGACCAAUAUCGCGACGCGCUUAUGCUUGUUGAUCUCAUGCACUACUUUAUUCGUCAUCAGGAAUACAAAAAGGGUCAGCCGAAGCAGUCUCCGAAAGAAGCGCCUCGAGAGUGGCUGCAAUUCGCUGGUACUGCCGUUCUUGACAAGAUUCAUGAUCGCAAUCGAAAGUGGUCCUGGGCAUAUUUCAAAGAACGAAGAGAUAUGCGUGGACGGUAUAUCGAGCUGUUUAAGAAGAAAAAGAAGGAUCAGCAGUUCACCGAGCAAGAGAAUAAGGAAUACGACGACCUCGAAUUCAAACUUUCUUACGAGGAUUUGCGGUUCUGGCGAUCAUUAGCUCGCAAUCAGUUACGCAAAGAAAACGUGGGAGUUAAGAAGCAGCCACAGAAGCAAACCUGGUCGCAGUGGGUAUGGGGCCAGAAACCAGCACAGAAGGAGGAGCAACACGACGACGAAAGCAGUAUGAGCGACGAACAACGAAAGGAGCUAUAUGCAGCCAUUGAUUGGGACGAAAAGAAAGCCAUCGCGGAGAGUGUUGACGUGCCUCGUGAGACAAUCAAAAUGCAGGUCGAGUCGAGUCUUCGCACUGGCAGCUUUACCCUCAAGCGUGAUCCUCAUGGCAAAGCUAAUGAAGUGCUCAAGCUCGUCUUUGAUGACUUCCAGGCCAAAGCUUUACAACGACCUGAUUCGAUGUUAGCAGACCUUCAGCUUGGAGGCCUUCGCGUUUACGACGGCACGACAGAGGGCAGCCUUUUCCCUCAAAUCGUGAAGGUCAAAGGCGUCCAGGAGCGAUCGAAGGACGAGCCCGAGCCUGAGGACCAUCCCGAAUUAGAUAAAGAUGAAUCUGAAAAGAAUGGAGACGAUGCAGCACGCAAACUGUUCCAUCUCGUAUUCGAGAACAACCCAUUGGACGAAAGUGCCGACAUGUCCAUCAUGCUCAAGCUCAAGAGUCUGGAAUUUAUUCAUAACCCGAAGUUUGUGGUUGAGAUUGCACGCUUUUUCAAGCCUCCCGAGCGUCAGAUGGACUCUAUUGGAGCUCUAUUGGAAACAGCAGGAGCUUCCAUCGAGGAGAUUCGACAACAGACUCGAGCUGGCCUUGAGUUUGCCCUUGAAGAGCACAAGACUAUCAACGCCAACAUUGACCUUCAAGCUCCUAUAAUCAUAGUCCCUGAGCAAAUUACACAGGAAAGCACAUUGUGCUUGAUAGUUGACGCAGGUCAUCUGAGUUUGCGAAGUGAUCUUAUCGAUAAAACCACUUUAAAGGACAUUCAGUCGAAGAGAAGAAACCAAUACUCGGACGAAGACUUCCGACAGCUUGAAAACUUGAUGUACGACAAGUUCAAUCUCAAGUUGGAUUCCACGCAAGUCCUGAUCGGGCCUGGCAUUGAUGCAACAAGGGCUGAGCUGGAUUCUCAAGAUCACUCUAAGAACAUGCACAUUGUGGAACGUAUCAACAUGGAAUUCCUGCUUGAAAAUUCGAUUAUUCCCAAAGAUCCAAAUAUCACUAAGCUCAGAAUCACAGGUACACUACCUGUUCUACACGCUGCUGUGUCAGACAAAAAAUACAAGAGUCUUAUGAAAUUGAUCGAUGUUGCUGUUCCGAAGUUCGACGCCGAAGAUGAACCAUCAGUUGAGUCUACUCAGCAAGUUGAUCGUCCCACGACUAUGGCAGAUAUGCGUGCUAAGAGGAAGUCUGUACAGCUUCUUGAGCGGCCGGUCGAGAUAGCCAUCGAUCACGAGUCGGAUACCGAAGAGUCUGAGCCCACAGCGCCGGUUGAGACCGAUCAGCAAGACGGCGAAAAGCCUACCAACAUACAUCAGCGUAACUUCGAGCUCAAGUUUGUGGUUGAGAAGCUACAAGCAUCGCUAUCUAAGGCUAACGAGGAUCCCUCAAAACCUGAUCAACUCCUCGCAGAAUUAGUCGCUGAGCGCUUUCAGUUUGAUUUCUAUCUUCGACCUUACGACAUGGUGGCUGAGGUGGUGCUGCAGUCGCUCUAUAUCGACGAUCAUGUUGAGGAAGACCCCAUUCCAGAAUUCAAGCAGAUCAUAUCCUCGAAAGGUUUCAAGUCUGAUGAGGAUGAGGACCUCUUCACGGUCAAGUUUAUCAAAGUCAACCCUGAAUCACCUGAAUUUCGAUCAACUUAUGAAGGCAUCGCAACAAAUCUGGAUGUCAAUAUUUCAACGAUCAACGUCAUAGUGACUAGGAAAACAUUGCUCACACUGCUUGAUUUUGUGUUGAGCACUUUCGCGGGUCCAACGGAGCCAGCACCUGAAGCUAAAAUAGAUCAAAAAGCCAUCAAUGGAAAUGUUGGUCAGGGUCAGAGUUCAUCUGAUCAGUCGCAAGCAGCUGCUCAAGCUGACAAGAUUCGCAUCCGAGCACAAUUAAGAGGCGUUGCCCUUGUUUUGAACAACGAUGGAGUGCGACUUGCGACAUUGGCACUCAACUCGGCAGACGUGGGACUACUGCUUGCGGGUGGAACUAUGGAUAUCAAGGCUAAGCUGGGAAGUUUGUCACUCAUUGACGAUGUAAAUCAAGGUGCUCCUGAGGACUCACCCUUGCGACGGCUGAUUGCGAUUGAAGGAGAUGAACUGGCCGAUUUCAAAUACCAAACCUUUAACUCCGAGCAGAAGAAUUAUCCUGGCUAUGAUACGAGCAUCUUCUUGCGAUCAGACUCCAUCAAAAUUAAUUUCAUGGAGGAACCAUUCCGAAAAAUCAUGGAGUUUGGUGUCAAGUUCGGCCAAAUGCAAGCUAUCUUCAAUGCUGCUCGUCAAGCAGCAGCCAAUCAAGCGACACAGGUGCAAGAAAAUGCCUCAAAGAUGCAUUUCGAUAUUAUUGUCAAGACACCUAUCGUAGUGUUCCCUCGUGCCGUUCUUGCGGAACGACCCAGAGAUCUCCUUACGGCGUACUUAGGUGAAAUUUACGCGAGCAACAAGUUUGUUGGUAUUCAAGGUCAAAAGAACGGACCAAUGGUCAACAAGCUUUCAGCCGGAAUUCGACAGAUCCGGCUAACCUCUCAAUUCUUCUAUGACAACGGACAAGAAGAAACGCUAGAGAUGAUAGAGAAAGUAGAUCUCGACUUCAAGAUCCGCUAUCUCGAACAUCAACCUGGUCUUGAGCGACCAGAUUUAGAAGUCGAUGGCUCUAUGUCACCAGUCAACCUACGCAUCUCACAAACACAAUUCAAAUUCCUUAUGGAACUAUCGAAAAGCAUUCCUGCCGCCUUUGCAACGGAAACUGAAUCUGAUGAAGAGGUUGCGGAGGAACUGCCUGACUCUGUGACCUCUUCUGCACAAGUGGUGCAGACGAAUAACAACAAGGACGCGUCAAGUGAAGACUCGAAGCCUUCUCACCAAGCACCGGAACUUGGUACAAGCGAAGAGACUUGGACAAAACUUAACUUGGUGUUCAAAGCUCAGAUGUUUGGACUCGAGCUGUUUCUCGCGCCAGAGAAUGAACCAGUAAAGGAUUUGAAUGCCGUCAGUCUGUCGAAAUUCGCUCUCAAUGAGAUGAAUGUAAAGCUUCGUAUGGUCAGCGACGGCGCCAUGGAAGCUGAAUUGCUUAUUCAGUCAUUCACGAUUCGCGAUAGCCGUCAGAAGGAGACGAACAAAUUCCGAAAGAUCAUGUCGUUGAUCAAUAGCGACGUCCAGCAACAAUUCAUGGCCAGUGUAUCGAUGUCUGGCGGCGAUGAGAAGCACAUGAUUGUGAUGCUCACCAUCGAUAGUCCGCGCAUUAUCGUUGCGCUAGAUUACUUGUUCGCUCUACAAGCAUUUGCCAACACAGCUCUUGGAAUGAACGACCCGAAGCCGAUUGCUGAGCAGCCAAUGCUCGAGGACGUCAACGGUGCUGAUGCCAACACCGACGAUGAAGUCGAGGCGAAACCUUCCAAGGAAGAAGAACAGUCGUCCUCUUCGAUGACAAUGUCUUUCCGUGUUAACAUCGUGGAUGCACAAGUCAUAGUCAUCGCAAACCCUGCUAUCUCAAAUACUGAGGCAAUAGUACUCGGCACGAAGGAAAUCAUGGUGUCACAACAAAACGCCACGACUCUGCAAAUCACGAAGGUUGGCAUGUUCCUCUGUCGCAUGGACAAGUUCGAUUCUAGUCGCCUACGAGUCCUCGACGACUUCACCAUUCAGAUGUCGAUGGACAAUCGACCUCAAGGCAAGGAUUCUUCCUUGACGUCUAUCAGCAUUGACAUUGAGCCUCUCGUGCUUCGGCUCUCCUUGAGAGAUAUUCUGCUUGCGAUGCAAAUUGUCAAUAAAGCCACUGCAAACCUUGCUCAGCAGCAACAGCAGCAGCAGAUGCAAGACGACGACGAGCCCCAAAAAUUGAAGGACGUGAAAGCUGCUUCUAGGCCGCCCUCGUCAAGACGAAAAUCAGGUGCUGGCAGUACGACGAGGAGCCGCAGAAAGUCGAUCGCACAAACUACCAGCAAGCCUGUCAGUCCACCCAAGCAAUCGAUAGUCAUGAAGCGCGAAGAGCUUACAGCUCAAAUCGAGGGUAUUAGAGUGAUCUUGAUUGGCGACCUUCAUGAGCUGCCUUUGCUAGACUUCAGUGUCAAGAAGUUCGAUGUAAGUGUAAGAGAUUGGACUGGAUCAAUGAGCGUCGACACUCAGCUGAACACUUUCAUUAACGUCUACAAUUUCUCGAAAUCUGCUUGGGAGCCAUUGAUCGAGCCUUGGCAGUUGGGCUUCCACAUGGCAAAACAGCAGGAGCCCGAACUGAUGUCCGUGGAGCUCUAUUCCCACAAGAAUAUGGAGCUCACAGUGACUUCAGCCACAAUAGCUCUUGCCUCAAAAUCUUUCGAUUUCUUGACAACCGAUGAAGAUAUCCUUUCGAAGCCGAGAGUGCAGGACGCUCCUUACAGAAUUCGCAACUACACUGGGUUUGAUCUUAGCAUCUGGGCUGACGAGAAGAACGAAAACGCCUCUGCCGACAAACUCAGUGACGGCGAGGAGAAGCCGUGGCGAUUCGAAGACGCAACAUCCAUGCGUGAAAACUUGACGCCUGAGGGCAAUGCGGGUCUAGUAGGCAUAAAGAUUGAAGGAAGCGGAUUUGACAGCAUCAGUCGUAUUCCUGUAAUCCGUGAGGGGGAAGCGCUUUAUAACCUCAAGCCACGAAAGGACAAGGUGCAGCAUCGAGUACUAGUUGAGGUCAAACUUGGCCCUGACAAUGUCAAAUACAUCACCUUCCGUUCACCCUUGUUGGUCGAGAACAAAACCCAAAUUCCGAUCGAGGUAGGUGUUUUCAGCCCGGAAGACGGCAAUUUGCUCAAAAUUGAGAAAGUCCCACCUGGAGAAGGAAGGCCUGCUCCGAUCGGAGCCUGCUUUAUUCACUCGCUGCUUGUACGGCCUGAUCAAGGCUUUGGCUACAGUUGGUCAGAUGAGAAGCUGUUCUGGAAGUCCCUCAUUGAACGACCUACCAGGACUAUCACCUGCCGUUCAGAAAGUAGAGAUCAGUCACCGCCCUUCUUCUUCCAGAUGAAUGCUUUGUACAAUAAGAAGGAUCCGAUGGUCAAGAUAUAUCCUUAUAUGAGGAUACAAAUUUCCGCUCCUGUGGAAAUCCAGAACCUGCUGCCAUACGACUUCAAGUAUCGUAUUUACGACAAGAACACGAAGAAGGACUGGACAAAUUUCCUCAGACGAGGCGGAGUCAGCCCUGUACAUGUAGUCGAACUCUCGCAUCUCUUAUUGCUCAGCGUUGAACUAGAAGAUACAGUCUUCAAGGCCAGUGACUUCGCCAUAAUCAACAGUCACACGCAAGAGGAUUUUAGAAGGGAAAAGGAGAUGCACCUCAAAGACUCGCAAGACGGGUCUCUGCGGCUGAAGCUGCACUACACCAACAUCAAAGAUAGUGGCGGUGCUUUCAAGGUCUCGAUUUACAGUCCGUAUGUCAUCCUGAACAAAACUGGCCUCGAGAUGCAAGUACAGAGCAAAGCUGGAUGGAGUGGCUCCUCUUCUAAAGCUCCUGCUAGCCAGGGUGCAACAACGCACUCGGGCGAACGCCACAAGGCUCUUCCAUACCUGUACUCCUAUCCUGGCGAUGAUCAGAAAAAUCGAUCUAUCCUCAAGAUGGGCGAGUCGGCUUGGAGCAAACCUCAGUCCUUCGACGCUAUUGGAAGCACAUACGAGGUCGUGCUACCUGCCGCCAACAAUAAGACUGAAUUCCACGCUGGUGUCUCAGUUGCCGAAGGGGAGGGCAAGUACAAUCUAACCAAAGUCGUCACUGUGGCACCUCGUUUCAUUCUGAAGAACAAGAUUGGCGAAGACUUAGAACUUCGAGAACCAGGAUCAUCCGACAUCAUACGCCUGAAAAACAAUGACCUCCUGCCUGUCUACUUCAUGACGCAAGGUCUGGAGAAGCAGCUAUGUCUUUGCUUCCCAGGGGUGAACAACCAGUGGUCAUCGCCGUUCAACAUGUCAAAUGUAGGUAUGACACAUGUGAAGCUGGCAAAACAUGGCCAGAGACAGCGUCUUGUCAGAAUCGAAACGAUUCUUGAGAACGCAACCCUAUUCCUUCACUUCAGUACGGAGACAAAGAAUUGGCCAUUCUCGAUGCGAAAUGAGAGCGAUACAGAAUUCCUGUUCUUCCAAGCGAAUCCGAAUGUUAGUGAAGAUGGAGAGGAGGACAGAGGUAGUGGGUGGAAACCCAUUCGGUACAAGCUGCCUCCUAGAAGCAUCAUGCCAUACGCAUGGGACUAUCCCGCGUCGAAGAACAAAGAGCUGGUGCUUACUUGCAGAGGCAAAGAACGAUAUGUGAAAUUGCAAGAAAUUGGCAAUCUUAUCCCUAUCAGAUUGCCACCAGCAGAGGCAGGACUCCCUCCCAAAGCCAUUGAUGUCAACAUCGUGGCUGAUGGACCCACAAACACGCUUGUUCUCUCCAACUACAAAGCUGCGACAUCCCUGUAUCGCACAAAGACAGGGGCGUCGACAACGAGCUUAAACUCCGGCUUCGAGGUCAAGCAGAUCGAAUCAGAAGUCAACUUCAAAGCGGAGCUACGUUUUGCCGGAGUCGGUAUCUCAUUAGUGAACAGCAAGCUCAAGGAACUGCUCUACCUGACGUUCAGAGACAUUGACUUCAAGUAUGGCGAUUCGAAGCUGUAUCAGACUCUCAAUCUGACGGUCAAAUGGAUACAGAUGGACAACCAGCUCUACGGUGGCAUUUUCCCGAUUCUGCUCUAUCCCAGUGUUGUGCCGAAGACUGGGAAAGAGAUGGAGGCCCAUCCGAUCUUCCAUUCCAUGAUCACGCGCGUCAAAGACGACUCGUAUGGCGUUCUUUACAUCAAGUACGCCACACUCCUGCUCCAACAAAUCACUAUUGAACUCGAUGAAGAUUUCAUCUUCGCCUUGCUGGAUUUCACGAAGGUCCCCGGUGCUUCUUGGUCUGAAGAGAAAGAGGGCAAGCUCUGCGACGAGAAUCUAGACGUUCCGGAACCUACAAAGGAACAACAAGGCGAAGAUAUCUACUUUGAACUAUUGCACCUACAGCCUAUGCAACUCGACCUGUCAUUCGUGCGAACUGAGCGUGUCAAUGCCGAGGAUACCAUGAGCUCGAAUCCCUUGAUGUUUUUCGUGAACGUUAUGACAAUGUCCAUCGGCAACGUCAACGAUGCACCUAUUCGACUCAAUGCUCUCAUGCUGGAGAAUGCCCGCAUGCCUAUCGGAGCCCUUAUGGCUAAUGUUCAAUCAUUCUACACGCAAGAAGUCCUUAGGCAGAUACACAUCAUUCUUGGGUCCGCAGAUUUCCUGGGCAAUCCAGUUGGUCUGUUCCAAAACAUCUCUUCUGGCUUCGCCGAUAUCUUCUAUGAACCAUACCAGGGCCUUAUUAUGACGGAUCGACCUCAAGAACUCGGAUUGGGUAUUGCCAAGGGUGCCAGCAGCUUUGUCAAGAAGUCCGUCUUUGGGUUCAGUGACAGUAUGGCCAAAUUCACGGGCUCGAUAUCUAAAGGACUUGCAGCAGCAUCAAUGGAUAAAGAGUUCCAAGACUCGAGAAGAAUGGCCAGAAGCAGAAACAGACCGAAACAUGCUCUUUAUGGUGUCACUUCGGGCGGCAACGCCUUCGCAGCAAGUAUGGCUUCGGGAAUUGGUGGAUUAGCAAGACAUCCCUUGGAGGGCGCAGAAAAAGAAGGCGCGCUUGGAUUUGUGAAGGGUGUAGGUAAAGGUAUGCUCGGACUUGCCACCAAACCUGCCAUUGGCGCUUUCGACCUUGCUAGCAAUCUUGCAGAAGGAGUACGCAACACCACUACUGUGUUCGAUGCGGAAGGCCUCGAUCGCGUACGGCUGACACGUUUUAUCGGCAUGGAUGGUAUUGUUCGACCUUAUUCACAACGUGAAGCUCUUGGACAGUUCUGGCUAAAAACUUGCGAUGACGGCAAAUACUUUUACGAGGAUUACAUCGCUCAUCUCGAACUCGAAGGCAAGGAGAUGCUGGUGAUAAUCACCUAUGAACGCAUCCUGAUGAUCCGAGCACAAAAACUCAAGACUGUCUGGGAGGUCAAAUUGACUGACGUUCAGACCAUCUCCAAAGAACGUACAGGUAUGAGUAUAGGGUUGAAGGGUGGUGCUAAUGGUCCAUUCGUGCCUAUCAAGGAUGAAGGAGGUCGGAACUGGCUAUACAAGCAAAUCGCUAUUGCUGUCAAUGCAUUCAACGACAAAUACAACGCGAAAGGUUGA